AUGGUCAGACUACCGACGCUCCUCGGGAGUGUUCAACUUGCUGUUGUUCUCUCAUCAUCAGUCGUUUUUGGCCAGACUGACAACACAGUCGAAUGGACCAUAGGCACAAAGAUCAGACUCUUUGGCGCGGACACCUCCACGCCUUGUGCUGCCAGUCUCCAAGACGCUCAGCGUAAUGCGAUGCAAUUCACUCCAGUCCUUGCAAGCAGUGAUGCGACCUCGUCUGGUCAAGAUGGCAGUAGCGGCACGGGCAAUCUCGCAGCAACAUUCUACAUCACCAACGGUCUUCACAAACUCGGGACGCCUUUUACCGAUACCACCUCGAUCCGGGUUGGGGCCUGCAACCUGGACAAGAACCAGACAUUCUACGUGGCCCUUGAGGGAGGAUCCCCCUUCGCAAUCUUCACCUCGUCCUCAGAUGCCCUCGACAGGCCCGGCACCUCGGGCGAUCCUCUGACUUUCUCGCCUUCCACCAACUCAGGCUUCUGUACCUAUGCCGACGACUCCGGCAAGCUCGUCGUCCAGCCCACCAAAACGCCGCUGUACUUCGCGCCGGCCCAGGUGACCAACCUGACUGCGUCUUCCUUCGGCAACACUCCCCCGACAUCCGACGUCGCCAUUCCCCAGUGCAACUUCGCCGUCUCGGGGAACGGUUCGAUGCUCGAGAGUCUGGGGUCUGCGGACUGCAUCGUUGCUCGUGCCUUCGCGACGAUCCCCAGUGGCUGCGACGCGAACCCUUCCAACAAGACGUGUAUCCUUCACCUAUGGUCAGCCUUCUGCCUUGAUCUUCCCGAAGCCCGCAAUGGACUCAACGCUUCGGAUGCACUGGAAGUAUAUGUUGACGGAGUAGGCGGCGGCGGCAGUGGUAGCACCUCAUCAAAGCGACAGACCUCCAACGAUCCGCUUUUUGGAAAUCCCGAGUCGAACAUUCCUCUUGAAGAUCAAUUUUGGAUGGGUGUCAUGAAGAACAUUAUCAACCAAGCCAUUGGCGCUUUCAAGAUCCUCGCCACUCCGAACAUGGAGGAGCUCAAGGUAACGUGUAUGGGGAUGAGCCACCUGACAUCGGUGUUUGAGGCCAGCCUUGGUAAGACAAUAAGAGAUGGAUGCCGAACUGCAUUUAAGACCUUUGAUUGCCAGAGCAUACACGAGCUCAGCUAUGACAACGACAUCGAGAAGGCCGGUAGCGUCUUUGCGGACGUCGUCUCACUUCUGAGCGUCGUCGUCGAUGUUGCCCGCGCAGCCCGUGUUGUGGGUGCCGUUGAUCAGGUUCUGGCAAGGUUUGGCAAGGCCACAGCGACGAUUGGAGAAGGCAAAGGCCUCAUGCUUGAAGCCAAGGAAGGAGAAAACACUGUCCAGAUAUUCCGUGACGGCGGGGACGGCAAGCCUAAGCUGCUAUACACGGACUCUGAUGUGGCUGCUAUGGAGAAGUCGAUCGAGGAAGGCGGCUUCGAAAAUUGCAAGGUCUGCGUCGAGGGUGGAGGCACCAAGUUGAUCCGUCGCCAAAGGGGAAUCCUCAGGAAGCUGUGCUGCUUUCUGAGCCCCCAGACGCUCGAGGCUCCUGAGAGCGUGUGGAACGACCAGAAAGGUCUGACUACUGAGAUUGGAACGGCUGAGGCCAUCCCUCUGGCGGAGCGCACGAUCGCUGCACUGUCCAGCACUGCGGGCAUCACGGCUGAGGAGACAAAACUCAUCACUACCAUGAGCGAGGGCUUCGCCAAGUGGUAUGCAGAGGGCCAGUCAGUAUCCGCCAAUGUCGAUGAGAUCGGUGGUCUCCUCUUGGAGGCUUACAAGAACCAGCCAGAUUGGGUCAAGAUCUCGACUGCGACGACAAAACUGUACGGCCUUGGUUCGCAGGAGACUUCUGCCCUGAGGACGUGGGCCCAGCACUACUAUAUUUGGCCCGAUUUCGAACCCGCCAUCACAAAGCUGCCAGCUGCCACUGGUCUGGUUAUCCGCUCAACAGACUUGGAAGCUUCCACUGUCACCAUGCUGAAUAAGUUAGAAGCAGGCACAAUCAGCAAAGGAAUUCCAGGAAUUUAUGAAGUCUCAGAUGCUGAUACCAGCCAAGACCUGGUCGUCAAUGUCAACAGUGGUAGGACCGAGGACGGAGAUCUGAUCCGAAAGGUCAUGGCUACCACUCUUAACCUCGGAGACGGCAUGUUCACCACGACAAAAGACUAUCUGCUCAUGAUAAAUUCAAAGACCGGACGUUACGUGGCUCCUGUCGCCAACUCUGAGUACCGAGAGACAGAUUUUGUGCAGGGCAUCGCGGGCAAAUUCAAGCUCAUAGGCCGCCAGGAGCUCAACGGCGGUGAGGCCGCCAAAGCUGCUGGAAAGCCGGGACCCUAUGGUGUCUACUACUUUGAGGAGAUCGACGCACCGGCAUCGACCUCGACGGCUACCCUUGCUGAUCUGAGAAAGGCACUGACCGACGAGGGCGUCUCUCUGCCCGGGACUUCGGCUAAGCGAGGCCUGGACGGUCUGAAUGUCUCGCCACAGGCUCACAGGCGUUCUCUUCGUCCCGUCCGGAACCGUGUGCACCUUGGCUAG